CUGUUAGCUUAACAAAAUGAAUUGGUGGGACCGCUUGACAACUGCAGAUCCUCCAAUUUCAACACGUAAAAUAAACCCUGAGCCAUCAAAACUUUCUGAUCUGGACGGUGAAACUCGAAGUUUGGUUGAAAAAAUGAUGUAUGAUCAACGUCAAAAAGAGCUGGGUCUCCCAACAAGUGAAGAUAAAAAGAAAAUGGAGAUAUUAGAGAAAUUUAAAAUGCAACAUCCCGAGAUGGACUUCUCAAAUUGCAAAUUCAACUGAAAUGAUGUUACACAUAUUUAUCGUACAUGUACCGUAAUAAACAGAUUAUCUACAAAUGUA